UUCGUAGCCUAGAACAGCAAGUAUCCACGGGGUGUGACCAGAUGGCAGCGAUGACGGACGUAGUUCGAUGGUGGUGUGAGGCAUGGUAAGUGGCGUCAAAGCUUUGGCCGGCAUACAAAAUAUUUCUGGGCAAGCUCUUGAAUAACUGCACAGAGCCAGCGCCGUCAAACCACCCCAAUCUCUUCCGGUUUUUAUCCAUUAUGCCUAAGCGCAAGAGCGACGCGCCUGCGACUGGCAAGGCGAAAAAAAGAGCCAUCCCCGACGACGAGGCGCAAAACAACUUCCGCAAAGGCCUUUUUGAUAGCAAGGUGCUCGAGGGCUACACAAAUUACUACGCUGAAUCGCAGCCAUAUCAGCAUGCUGUCAUCCAGAACCUCGUCAACGACACCCUCCUUCGCAAUGUCCGCAACGAGAUCCGCGAGCACAUUUCCUUCACGCCCAAGGAAACAGACAUUUACAAGAUCCACCAGUCUGGCGACUUGGCGAAUCUUGAUGGUCUCGACGACAAGGCACUGAAGAGGCUGCCCUCGCUUCUCACGCUGCGCGACUCGCUCUACUCGUCUGCCUUUCGCAAAUACUUGUCUUCGAUCACGGGGUCGGGGCCGCUGAGUGGGAAGAAGACGGAUAUGGCAGUCAAUGUGUACACGCCGGGAUGUCAUUUGCUAUGCCACGACGACGUCAUUGGGAGUAGACGCGUCAGCUGGAUUCUGUACUUGUUGUAUCCCGACACGCCCUGGAAGCCAGAGUGGGGAGGUGCUCUGCGACUGUAUCCCACCGAGCAUUUGAAGACGCCGGAAGGCGACCAGGUCAAAGUCCCGCAGCCAGAAUUUUCGCUCACAAUACCGCCAGCGUGGAACCAGCUGUCGUUUUUCACUGUGCAGCCUGGAGAGAGCUUCCAUGAUGUCGAAGAAGUGUACAAGAGAGGUGUGGGGGAGAUGGAGGAGGAUGAUGCAGGGCGCGUCCGCAUGGCUAUUAGUGGCUGGUUCCAUAUCCCUCAGGAAGGCGAGGACGGCUUCGAAGAGGGGCUCGAGGAGAAGCUGGCAGAAAAAAGCUCCCUGGCGCAACUGCAGGGAGGAAAAGCCGACAUCUUCGACGAGCCACAAGCCCAAUGGGUCGACAACCCAGACUGGGAAGAGCAGGCGAAGCAAGAAGAAGACGAAGAGCUGACCGAGAACGAAAUCGACUUCCUAAUCAAGUACAUGAACCCAAACUACCUCACGCCCGACACCGUCGAGGAGCUAUCCAAGAUGUUCUCCGACGAAUCCUCCCUCCGCCUCGCCGAAUUCCUCUCCGCGAAAUUCUCCGCCCGUCUACGCACAUACCUCGAAUCAAAGGACCACGAGCCCACCCCCAGCCUCCCCGCAAACCCCUACGUCGAGUCCAAAGUCGGUGUCGCCCGCCCACCCCACAAGCACCGCUAUCUCUACCGCCAAGCCGUGCAGCCCAUCCCGCGAGCCCUGUACCCGGAGAACGACGGCAUGACACCUUACGACGACCUCGUCGAUAUCCUCUUCCCCCACCCCGCGUUCAUGAAGUGGAUCUCCCUCGUCACCGGCAUCACGCUGACAAAGAGCAAUAUCUUCGCGCGCCGCUUCCGCCGUGGCCUGGACUACACGCUCGCGACUGCGUACGAGGAGGAAGACCCACAGCUAGAAGUCUGUCUCGGCAUCACGCCGUCGAAGGGCUGGGGCGACGAGGACGAAGAAGCAGAGGAAGAUGCCGAAGCCGAAACAGAGCAGAACGGCAGUAGCAGCAAGAAGCAAAAGAACACCAAGUCCAAAGACAAAGGUAAAGGCAAGGCCAAAGCACCCGUCGCAGCCCCUACACCCGCCCCCGAAGAAGAAGUCGGCGGCUACGAAAUGUACAUGGCCGGCGAAGACGACGAAGGCGAAGCCGUCGUCUCUACAUCCGCACCCAGCACAGCGACAGGCGCGGGCCAGCGCCGCAAAGCGAAAGCCGACCCGGCCAUCUACAAGUCUGCGGCUGAUGACGAGGACGACGGUAUCCUGUUCAGUCAGCCUGCUGCGUGGAAUAAUCUGGCUAUUGUGCUGAGGGAUCGCGGCGUGUUGCGGUUUACUAAGUAUGUUAGUAAGAGUGCGAGGGGGGAUCGGUGGGAUGUUUGUGCGGAGUAUGGGGUGGAGUUUGGGGAGGAUGAGGAGGAUGAGGAGGAUGAGUGAGGAUGGGGAUGGGGAUGAGCAAAACUUGAUUAGUAUGUGAGGAUGUGAUAUGAUAUAAGAUGAUAUGAACCUACGGAUGGAUGCUAUGUUUGACCAACACCCACCGCUCCGUAGUAUAAUGCAUUACUCAGGACAAAACAAAACAAUUCCGAG